AUGAACGCUCAAAAGGAGGCAGAGCUUCUGGCUAUACAACACAUCUUCGGUCUCAGGGACGCAUCCGAUGAAUUGCUUAAGACUAAACCCAAGGAGCUCGAACGAUUACAACGCCUCAAAGCAGCCGAACCUGUCUUUGUCUGUGUUGACCUGGAAGCCUAUGAAUUUUCCCAAGAGAAGAUUACUGAGGUUGGUGUGUCAGUUUUGGAUUCUCGUAAUGUUAAAGGCACUGAUCCUGGCCCUGAUGGUAUGGAGUGGCUCUCGAAAAUCAAUACUCGCCAUAUCAUCAUCAAGGAACACAAGCGCCUCGUCAACAAGCGUUUCGUUCACGGCUGCCCUGACAAGUUCAAUUUCGGCGAGUCCGAAUUCGUUUCAUUGAAGCAUAUUCACAAGACUUUGACUCAGCUGUUUGACAAUCCCUCACCUGGUUCAAUCCGUGCAUCAGACCAAGGGUCAAGGAAUCUCAUUCUUGUCGGUCAUGGUCUCUCCAAUGAUACUGCCUACCUGAAUAAGCUCAACUUCACCCCUCAUGCCAAAGGUAACAUCAUUCAAGAUGUCGAUACCCAGAAGUUUGUUGGAACCAAGAAGCAGACAGUCGGCCUGAGCAGGUUGAUGGCUGGCCUCGGAGUUCAACCGGAAAACCUUCACAACGCGGGAAACGACGCUGCCUAUACAAUGCAAGCCCUUCUUCUAAUGAUUGUCCAACAUACAAACAAUCCUGGUGCUUAUGUCAAUGCAGUCGCCAGUGCAAAAGCUAAGGUCGAUCCAGCCAAACAACGAUACAAGGAUCACAAAGCCGCAGUCAGAGAACGAAAAAUCGCAGGGGAGAAGGCAAGAGCUGCGAGAGCGGCUUCACCUCAAUCAGCCAACUUUGGAAAAUAUGCCGUGGAGUCAGCAUCCGCUUUGUAUCCAAAACCUCACGAUCUCGAUGCUGCUGCAACCGGUUCUAUCAGGAACGCAAACUCGACAGAGCCCCAGCGGCGAUUUCCACCGAGGGCAGCUCCCGGAGAGGGACUACGGUCUGAUCAAGACUCCGAUCUUCCUGCUUCCUCAGCGCCCAAUCUCGACAGAAAUGUUUGGCUUGAGGCCCCUUCNAUAAAGGAACUGAAAGCACGAUCAGAGGAUGCACAAAAGUUGCUCAAGAAAACCAGAGGGAAUCCACCACCUUUCAAGAGACUGUCCUUAGUCAAGGACAAUAACCCUCCCACACAUUCAUCCACGUCUGCUAUCGAUCAAGCCGCCCAUGUCUCUGUUCCGAGAAAAAGGAAGAGUUCUGAUGUUGAGCCUGUCGCUGACGAAUGGAACGACGAUGACGACUUCUCAAUCUCUCCUUCAUUCUAUACUGGACCCCGCGACAACCGGACAAGAGUUCCAGAUGAUGGCAAGGAAGCCGAAUCAGUGACAAACACACAACAGCAUAAAGAUGAACCGAUAAAGACUUCAGCUCAACCACUCACUUCAAGUGCGGCGGGUCGUGAACAGUCAAAGCUCCGUAUAAGCAAGCACAUGGAUGCACGCGGCGAGAUCCAUGCAAUGAGGUUUGGUGAGAAGGAAGACAGCAAGAGCUGGUCAUCACCCGUCUCUGCUCAACCUAAUUGCACAAUCCCGAGAAAGGUCGCAGUGUCAAAGACCGAGACGCCACCCUCGACUGUGAAGGCAGCUCAGUCUGUUGAAGCUGCCCGACAGCCUGACCGCCCAAUGGUCCGUAGAGUUGCAUCGUCGGGUGAAACACAAGACAUACUUGCUGAUAAGCAACGGGUUCGUGUCCUGAUGGCAGAAACACAAAAGAAUAGUCGUGAGACAGAGAAACCGCAGACAAUAACUGAGGGAAACAAUCCUGUCUUGCGUAAGUGGUUGGAUGGAGGGUGA